GCCUGAAUCACAAUUGUCAAUUCAGCAAUGUCGACUUGUUUGUGCUCCGCGAAGUGUUUGGUUUUUCGUGGUUUUCUGCUAAUUUUCCCACAGUAAAAGUUGUGAAAAGUGAAUGGUGAUUGCAUGUGGAUAGUGCGGGACAAUGAACCGUGAGAUGCACUACGAGGGAUGGCUUGUAAAAUCUCCACCAACGAAGAGAAUCUGGCGAGCGCGCUGGAGACGACGAUGGUUCACACUGAAACAGGGUGAAUUUCCUGGUCAGUAUUUUCUUGAGUAUUAUACAGAUAAGAGCUGCAAGAAGCUCAAGGGCACCAUUGAUCUCGAUCAAUGUGAACAAGUGGACGCUGGAUUGUGCAUGGAGAGGAAAUUCCAGCAUGUUUUCAAUGUUAAGACACCAAAUCGCAUUUACUAUUUGGCGGCAGAUUCGGAUGAGGAUAUGAGAUUCUGGGUUAAUUGUAUCUGCAAGGUUUGUGGCUUGCAGGAUCUCUCCAAAGUUUCUGAUGAACGUCAAUAUUUCAAUGUUGGUCCGGGUUCCAUUGAGGAGGCUCCCCUGCCACUCAGUGUGAGUGAUGUGUCCAAUGAAAAUACCCAGAAAACUGCCCCUAAAGCCAUUUCCACCUCAUUUGAGGAUCGUACAUAUCAAAAUGACGAUAUUUUCGCCAAAAAGCGCGAAAAACUACAAAAAUCUGCCACUGAAGCCAAGGAAUCCUACUACAACUUCAGUGCAAUUCGAGCUGAAGUAGAUGCUACAGCCGAAGGCAAGGCUAAAAGUCCGGUGCCAAGUGCAGAUGCACCCAAGCACAGUCGCUCGCAGUCACUAAAUGAAGUGACUCAACGAGCAGCUGUAGCUACUGGAGCCGUGCGGAAGAUUCCUGAGAAUUUGAAACUGACAGAUGUGAGUCAAUCAUUGGGGGAUUGCAGUGAACCAUCUCCAUCGCUUAGCACUUGCUCUGGGCCCUAUAUUCCCAUUAGCGAAUGCUUCUCGGGGAGUCCGGUGCUCUUGGGAGAAACCCCGGCUACUCCACUCAACAGUCUCGAUCCUAGAUUUUACGAUACUCCACGCAGUCACAUCAACAUUGGUCUCAAUCUAACCGAUGAACAGCCAUAUUCACCCAAGAGGAACAACUGCACGACAAAUCGUUCUCGGAGCGGCCGAUCGAGCCCCAGUGACUCCGAGAGUGUCUUUACGGAUGACGAAUGGACUCACCACGAGGCCCAGACUCAGAGUCUGGAUCGUCGGGCUCGUCCUUCGGACAGUUCCGUGGAGAAUGAGACAAUUGGAUGGACUUAUGUGCAGAGAUUCUCGAAAGUGCCUGACGAUGUUCGCAAUCAGAAUGCGGCAUCGGAGGCUCUGGACAUUGUUCCUCCGCGUCCUCCAAAGCGUCUCAGUGGUCUUGUGCUCGAUGGCGUUGAGAUUCGCAAUCGCGAAGUUCCGUCAUCGGACACGGACAAUGCUUCGCCGGCAAUUGGUCCAAAGGACAGUUCGUGCGAUGUUGAGGAGAGCUAUGACAUUCCCCGAUCCCACUGGAUGCCCUACUUCAGUGGAGGGCAUCGUGGGGGCAACAAUAAUGUUCCAUCGCCAAAGCUCACCACAACUCCGGACAUUUUGGCAUCCUCGACGCCUGAUCUCGUGCCGCAGGGAGAGAAGAUUGUCAACAAUUCGCAUUACUACACAAAUGCUGCUCCCGUGAGAGUCGAGGGCAAUGUCUUUCGCUAUGAUUUCAUGGAGCAGGGAGAAGCUCCGGUGGUCAACAGAAAUCUCAAACCGAGACUCAGCUCAGAGUCCAAUUCUGCUGACACUCCAGUUCUCACAGCACCAAAUGUGGACAGAAAAUUGAAGCCGACAACGCCAAAGCUGGACACAAAAUCCCUUCCUCGGCGUAAGGAAGUGACUCCAAAAUUGCGCACCAGCAGCGCUUGUCCGGGCAGUGCAACUGUUCCGGAAGGUGGAAGUGACGAAGAUAUCACGCCAACUUGCGAACAACCUCCGGCAAUUGGUGGUAAAACCUUCCGCAAUGACGAUAAGCUGCAGUAUCUGGAUCUGGAUCACUCUAGCACUCCGCAGAGGCAACCGCCGCGGAAGCUGAGUGCAUCCAGCAUCGGGAAUCUCUUUACCAUUCAGCGUCCGCCAGAAGUGGAAGCGAGUGGGAGUGAAAGGGGAAUUGUGUACAAGACGGUGGACUUUGUGAAGACGGAAGCCUUCAAGAUGGUGCGUCAGGAUGCUGAGAAUAGAGCUGCAAACAGAUCCAAGGAUUGAGGGAUCCGGAGAAAGUCAAAGUGCAAUUAUGAGUUUUAUUCAAGUGGCCUUAGAAUAAUGCAGGAAGAACCGAUUUUGUUUAUUUUUUUUAAAGAGAUCACGCUGAUUAUUUUUCGAGAUUUUGAGGUUGAGUAACUGAGUCAAUGCGUGACUGUGAUGCCUGAAUGGAGGAUUUGUUUGGGAAUCAAUUUGGGUUUAAAAAAUCAACCAAAAGAGGCGCGACAAUAGAGAAAGUCAAUUAAGUGGAAAAAGAGGAUUUAAAAAAAAAUACAAAGGCCUUAGAACUUCUCUCUAAUAAUUAUAUUUUGAAAAGAAAAAAAAGAAAUAAUUAUUGCUGUUAGUUGCAUGAGAAAUAAAUAAAAAAAGUUGCAUUUUAAUUGUGUAUUAUCGCGAAAUCAUUCUUAUAUUUUUUUAUAUACAGAGAAUAAACUAUAAUUUUUUUUAAGGUUUAUUGUCAAAAAGAUAGUUGUAAUUUGUUGCCAUAACACAUAUUCUUUUAUGCGCACAAUAUUUUUUUUUAUAUACAGUCAAUGUUUUACUAUUGAAAUUGUAGAGCAACCGCUCCAGUUUUAUUUUAAUAAAAAUUAUU